AUGUCCGAAGUGGAGCAGCAGGUGGCGGAUCCCGCCGACGCCACCCAGAACGGGCACGAAGCGACCGAAGGCGCCGGGGAGCAGCAGGCCGAGAGCGGCGGGGCGCCGGCGGCGGCAGCAGCGGCGGCGCCCGCCAGCCAGAACGGAGCCGAGGGCGACCAGAUCAACGCCAGCAAGAACGAGGAGGAUGCGGGGAAAAUGUUUGUUGGUGGCCUCAGCUGGGAUACAAGCAAAAAAGACUUGAAAGACUACUUCACUAAAUUUGGUGAAGUGGCUGAUUGUACAAUAAAGAUGGACCCGAACACAGGAAGAUCAAGAGGUUUUGGAUUUAUUUUGUUCAAAGAAGCUGGAAGUGUUGACAAGGUAUUGGAACAGAAAGAACACAGGUUAGAUGGGCGACUUAUUGACCCCAAAAAGGCCAUGGCAAUGAAGAAAGAUCCAGUGAAGAAAAUUUUUGUUGGUGGACUUAACCCUGAAGCCACAGAAGAGAAAAUCCGGGAAUACUUUGGAGAGUUUGGAGAGAUUGAAGCAAUUGAACUUCCAAUGGAUCCAAAGACCAACAAAAGGAGAGGCUUUGUGUUCAUCACUUUCAAGGAAGAAGAUCCAGUCAAGAAGAUCUUGGAAAAAAAAUUCCAUAAUGUUAGCGGAAGCAAGUGUGAGAUCAAGGUAGCACAGCCGAAGGAAGUAUACCAGCAGCAACAAUUCAGUAGUGGUGGAGGAAGAGGCAGCUAUGGAGGAAGAGGCAGAGGUGGAAGAGGUGCUCAAAGUCAAAUUUGGAAUCAAGGUUAUGGCAAUUACUGGACCCAGGGUUAUGGGAAUCAAGGAUACGGCUAUCAGCAAGGUUAUGGUGGCUAUGGAGGCUAUGAUUAUUCAGGAUGUGGGUAUUAUGAAUAUGGACCAGGCUAUGAUUACAGUCAAGGCAGUGCAAAUUAUGGGAAAAGUCCAAGACGUGGUGGUCAUCAGAAUAAUUACAAGCCAUAUUGAUCAAAUUUAUUCAGUUGAGAUGUGUUCCAUUGCUGUUGAAGAGUACCUCAAGCUACCCAGUGAGAGCAUGCAUGUACAAAGGUAUCUUCAUUGCCCAUACGUACUCUGUCUGUCAAGGACACAGAAUGUCAUCUGUGGGCAGUUUAGAUUGGACCUCCUCUUUCCUCACUAAACAUGUCCUCGGAAGGCAAUUCACAGGGAGCUUAGGUACUGAGAGUCAUCUGUUUGAAAACUAUGGCUGAAAACCAGUCUAGCUGUUUAAACCUUAUAUUGGCACAAAAUCAGGUGGUAUAGCUGGUGAGACCCUGAAGUAUGGCAAAAUAAGGACCGAUACAUAUGAUUAAUGGGGUCUGCAUGCUCUCUAGUUGGGUACUAUGGGAUGGUAGAAUGUUUGGCCUAGCUGAGAUGGUUAUAGUCACUGGAAUAGCUCAAACCAGAAAAAUGAAAUGCUGCAAAGUGUGGUACAUAAGAGCUAGAAUAGGAAAAUAAUUCCUAGGUAGUCAUUGUUUUCUGAAACUGGCUGCUAAUUAAGAGAAUCCCACACCACCUUUGCUACAGCUGAAGCAAACAAUUUUAUGUCAUAAUGCCUAUUUAUUUUCUCUAAAGCUUUUCACUGCUAAAGAAGCAUUACUAAACAUUGCAGCUUCAAACGUAAUUGUUUAGCUUAAAUGUGCACUAGUUAUGGGGAAACAUGAUCGAUUUAAUGAUCCUUUAUAGUACAUUUUGUCAAAUUACUGUCUGGAUGAAAGAUAACAUUGUAAAGUAUGUAUCAGGUUUAAUAUUUUCUUUACAUGGAGGAAAAACUAAAUCAAUACCUCUCCUCCUAAAUUGUAUUUAAAGCAAAGUUGCAGACUUUUUGCCAUGUACUGUAGCAACUGUUUCUUGUAUGAUGUAGGAAAUAAGCAACUAAAAAGGAGAACUGCCUUCAUAAAGUUGUGUGAUCAGUUACAUUGUCAGCUUUCAGGUGUAUGCAUCCAGCCCCUACAGCAGUCAGUGUCUCUAAUCUUAAUGACAAUUAAAUUAGGCCCUAAGAUUCCUCUGCCUGCUGUUUAAUUUCACAAACCUAGACUAAAUACUAGUUAAGGUAUGCUACUUAUAUGCUAAUUCAGAAGCAACUUUUUCAUGCUUGAAUAAAACAGGUAAUGUUGGCAUGACCUUUUGUAGCUGAUAAUACAGCAUUUGCUUGAACUAAAGUUAACUUCUGAUGCAAUGCACAAGGAUUUUAAGGUUUCUCUUUAGUUCACCACAUUGUGUUUUUGCUUCUGGUCUUAUUGUCACUCCCUUUACUGGCAGAAUUCCAAAUGGCAUCAAUUUAAAUAGGGUAGGGCUCUGUCACAUACUGAGCCUUAUAGGAAGCAGAAAGAGUAUUUGUUUUUUCUUCUUUGAUUACUCAAGGAGAAUAGAGUAGAUUCCAGCAUGGACCAAGUUGUGCUUGCCUUACUCAAGGGUUCAGUAGAACAGUCACAUAAGCAGCAACCAACACAAUGAAAUACACUGAAAACCAACUACCCUCUCCAUCACCAUAAACAGACAGCUCAGUAGGUGAUAUUCUUUUAAUAGCAGCAGGUUCUAAAGGAUCCAGCUACUAUUGGAGUAGUCAAAUUUUGAAGUGCUUUAAGGAUAAAGAUUUAAUUAUACCAAAAAACAGGCAUUUGACUUGAGGGAGAAUAGAUUGUUGGGCAGGCUGAGAAGCCGAAGUGAUCCUACAUAAAUCAAAAUAGUGAUUAGAAUAGCAGAAGGGGGCAUCUAUUUUGCAAAAAUACUACAGAAACAUUUGAUUGGUUAGUUCUUUACACCAAAUGCACUGUCAUUACUAGUUUAGUGAUCUUAGCAUUCUAAUUAAACAAACUGCACAAGAUAAAAUGCUUACCUGGCCAGAUAGAGCUGAGGCCUAAAGUUAAUGGUGUUUUCCUACUGGCUCACAUGUCUUUUCUCUUUCCAUGUCUGAAAUGCAAGCAAAUUCAUAAUGUUCAGACAAGACAUUAAUGACCCUACUGAGCUAACUGUGCAAACGUAAAAAAAGUUAAUAGUUUAGAGAUACAAAGUAUUAUAUAAAUAUUGAACUAAUUCUCAACAUGUGCCUGGUCAGUAGGUAAAUAUAAUGAAUCUAUGCAAGUGACCACCUUUACUAGGCAUCUCUCUGUGCUAAGAGAGACUCAUACAGUUAUUCCCCAUUAAGUACAAUUGUGUUCACCUCUUAAAUAGGUUCACUGGACAGGUUAAGGCCAAAAUUUUCUAAAAUGGUCUUUAAUUUUGGGUGCUUUACUAUAGGUAACAAAGGCCUAGCUUUCACAGGUGCAGAGCAGUUUUGAGAAUUAGGCCCAACUGCCUCAAAUUCGUCAAGUUAGAACCCAUCUUGAAAAAGCUGCCCUAAGUUGCUUCCCUUUAGUCGCACUAUAGUAGUGACAUAGCCAAGGUUCUUGCUUAGUUUGCUAAUCAAAACUGCUGCAAAUUAAUCUGACAGUCUUACCUGUUAAUAUUUCAUCCAUUUUGUCCACAACUAAUUUGGCAUUGUCCAUAGUAAAGCACAGUGGAGGCUUGAAUUUAAGCACAUUUCUUCCUGGACCAUCUGUACUCAACAGAAUAUAGUCUCUCUUUAAUCUAGAGAUGGAAGAAGAUUGGUCUAAAAAUCUAAAUACUUCUAAUAAUUUGACCUAAAAUGUAAUUUUUUAAAAUGUUAAUUACAGCAGUGUCGGCAUGAUGGAGACUUCAGAAAAAUUCUCUGUCCUCUAAGUUUUGUGGUCCAGUCACCACAAAUUGUGUCAAGUUGUAGAUCAUCUAAUAUUCACGACAUGUAAGGAGCUGAGAUGAGAGGGAAUUACUUUGUUUUAACAGAAAUUCACAUUAAGGACUGCAUGCAACAUACAAUCCAAAUUACAUGCUUUGAUGUUUUGACUGACAUUUUAUAUACCAAGUGUCAGCACAGUGUAAUUUGAAACUGUUGAAAUCCUUAGUGCUUCUUUUUAUAGUUUAAAGAAACACCAGCCCACUGGCAUACACUAAAGCCAAGAUUUCAGAAAAAAAAAAAAACAACCCCAAACAAACCAGGCAUUACUGGAGCCUCAGUACUUUUUGAAGAAUUGGGUGUCUUUAUUUAAAAGUUUGGUUACUACAUAAGUCUUAUUUUACCUAUGAACUUCACACAAACUUCCCAAUGACAUGAGUCUUUAAGGAUUAGACAUCACUUUGAGCUGUAUGUGGAGAUUGACAAGCUCAGGGUUAAAACCCAUUUAUCAUCUUGGCAUCAAUAUAAUAUUUUAGUCCCCAGUGGCUAUGCACAUAGUUAUAUAUAUGCUGUAUAAAUGCUGAACGAUUAGUACUUGUCUCUCACAACAUUAAGUGCUACAAUAUUGUGAAAUCACAUGGAUGUAUGUACUUUUUAAAAAAAAUACCUUGUUAUUAAAUACUCAGCUUCUUCAGUA